CAUCCCCCUUCUACCACCCCUUCCCACCGUAACCCUCGACUGCUUCCUCCCGCUCCCAAAACCCUCGCUGAUGUCCCUCAACCUCCCGGAUUCGCUCAAAACAAUCGCCUUCGUGAACGAACCUUUGCGACAUCUAAAGGAUCGCGGUCUACAGAGAGCACCGAAACUCAAAAUUUUCCAAUCAUUCCGCUCCGAGGAGGCGUUUUUGUCGGUUUGGCAGGAUUUCGCUUAAAUCUUGCUUAAAACCGGCUACUAAACAGCCCCUCAUAUUUAAGAAAAAGAAAAUCACAAAGUUUCCGAUUGUCGGGCAUUGGGAUUGUGGAAGUCCGGGCAAGUUCAUUUGCAAAUUGCAAUUUUACAGUCGAUUCAAUCCUUGCUUCUCGGCCUCUGCCGGUCACUGUUGCUGCGAUGGCGCAGAAGAAGACCCGUCCAUCCUCCGAUGACCCAGAGGAGCUCACCCGUACCCCUCUCCAGGCUGUCCUGCUAGCCGACAGUUUUGCUCAGAAGUUCCGGCCCAUAACCCUCGAGCGUCCCAAGGUGCUAUUGCCGCUGGUGAACAUUCCGAUGAUCGAGUACACCCUCGCCUGGCUCGAGUCAGUCGGGGUCGAGGAAGUGUUUGUUUUCUGCUGCGCCCACUCUCAGCAGGUGAAAAGCUACCUGGAAAAUUCCCAGUGGACGAAGCAGCCUGGCGCUUUCUCCGUAAACACUAUCGAAUCUCACGACGCCAUCAGUGCCGGAGAUGCCCUACGUGUCAUCUAUAGUCACGGAGUUAUACGGGGAGAUUUUGUUCUCGUAAGUGGCGAUACAGUUAGCAACAUGAGCUUAGCUAAAGCACUCAGUGAACACAAAGACAGGAGGAAGAAGGACCCUCUUGCUAUAAUGACCAUGGUCAUCAAACAUUCGAAGCCCUCAAAGUUGACACAUCAAACCCGUCUUGGGAAUGAUGAAAUUAUUAUGGCUGUUGACCCUGAUACUAAAGAACUUCUUUAUUAUGAGGAUAAGGCGGACCUCUCACAGCAUCAUAUCACCCUGGAUAAGAUGUUGCUUUCUGAGAAUUCUGCUCUUUCUUUACACAAUGAUAAGCAGGUUGGCUUUCUAUUUUCCGAAAUUUUAGAUUUUAUCGUUUUUGUUCUUGCACUUUAG